UCCUAACCUCACUCCCUUUUCCCACUUUCUCUAUUCUUACAACAGUUAACCUUUCCUCUCUCUAUUCUCCGGCGACGUUAUGGCGGCAACAGAAUCCGAUCUCGACGAGUUUCUCAAUCUCGAUUACGAACCUCGGUGUCCGAGUCUUGCCGAUACGGAGGCGUUGAUGACCGCCGCUUUCCAAACUCUUUUACCGGAUGUGGUAACUUCAUUUUCAACUUGUGGUGGAGUUACAGAUUCUCAAAACCCCACUCCCAAACAUUCCACCAUCACUGCAACUAUUGAUUCUCAAUCAUCCCUUUAUGGCACUGUUGGAAGCCCAGUUUCAGCCAAUAAACCAACCAGCAGAGAGACUCAUACCAAAGGAACAACAAGUGGUUCCUCUGAUCCUUCUGAUGAAGAUGAUGAACUAGGCCCUUGUGAACAAAGCACUAAUCCACUCGAUAUCAAACGCCUUCGAAGAAAGGUCUCCAAUCGCGAGUCGGCCAGACGAUCGAGGCGCAGAAAACAAGCUCAUUUGUCUGAACUCGAGUCUCAGGUUGAAAAACUGAAACUGGAAAAUGCAACCCUAUACAAACAGUUUACAAAUACUAGCCAACAAUUUCAUGAGGCUGAUACAAAUAACAGAGUGCUAAAAUCAGAUGUAGAAGCUUUAAGAGCUAAGGUGAAGUUAGCUGAGGAUAUGGUCACUAGAAGCUCUUUCACCACAUCAUUAAACAAUCAGUUUUUUCAGAAUCAAUGUCAAAUAAGCACACUGCCGCAACUCAAUGUGACAUCUUUGCGCCGUGCGCCACAUGUUUCACCAACCAUAAAUGUCCAGCAGGGAAAUGGUGCCUCCUACGGUGGUGUCACAGUUGGUGAACAUAAUACAAAUCUUCUGGGAAACUUGGACAUGAGUAACUACAACGACUACAUUGACAAUGGAGUCUUGAGCAAUUCUAUGAGUUGCGUAACUACUACCUGGCCCUAAGAAUUUUUCUUGAUCACUAGAUCAACUCUAUAUUAUCUCUGUAUUUGAUUAGUAUAGUAAGUUGAUGCCUUACUCAGGUAAUGGUAAUUAUGCUCCCUUCUAUGUCUAUUUAUAAGAAAACGUUAACUUUUUGAUAACCAAUAUAUCUGAUCGUCCAGAUACAUUAGUUAUUCAAUAUAGAUAAAAAGUAGAUUUUUUUUUCUUAUAGAUAAGACGACAGGGAGUAUAUAUUCAAAAAUAGUGUGUUUACAUUUUGUAUUACGUUUUGUAUAAAAAGGACUUAUUGAUUA